GGAAGAAUGGGAGAUAUUCAUAGUGGCUUGACAACUUGAGAGAGACCUGAGUCUCUGAUCACAUUCUGUGGAUCUGUGUAGUGGUAUAUGUUGUGAGAUUUGCUCCUCUUUCCAGAAUGGCAGCCUGUGCCAUGUUAUAAGCUGCUUUUAAAACUCCCAAGUUUUAAAAAUCAGCUUGUGCAUAGAAUGGAAAAACACUGACUACUGCACUAUGCUGGUGGGGAAACUUUGAAAUCAGUGGGAAGGACCGCCAAGCAUAGUGCAUAGCGGACAUCACCUCCCACUGUUCACCUCACCCACACUGCUUGGCACUGCCCACUCUUCAUAUGGUAUCCUGGUAAGAUGGAGUUGCUUCUCAGAAUACGGUAAUGCUGGGGUCAGAUGGCUGCCCAGACCUCACAGUCUGAAGGCAGAAACUUACCAGCCACUGCAGUGGUGUUGGUGGAGAUCAGUAUCUGUGGGAAUGGAGAGAAUGCUCCAUUAUUCACUCUUCUGAGCAACAGCCCAGCUCCUUUAGACUAGCCAAUCAGUCAGUCCUUUGACAGGCAAUGGUGGGCUUUGAUCCCAAGGAGUGUUACUUUCCUCUCUCCCCUUGGGUGUAUUCCUCUUCCACACAUCCCUGAAACGGACCCUUGAAAACUAGUUUUCAUGCCACAUGGAGGCCAAUAUACCUUUCCCUUGGAAGCAGAAGGGCUGCCUUCUCACACAGCAUAAUCUUCCAAUCCAAGGCCAUUCUAAGCAAUCACAAACCAGUUGGCACUUACGCUGAGAUGUAAAGUAACCAUUAGGGAAAUCCUAACCUUGCAAAAAUUACCUAUCUGUUUUUACAACAUCUCUCUAUCUGGACAAAUGUUCUUCUUCAGUCUAAUCAGACAAGACCUGACAUGGAAAGUGACUAUAAGGCAACUGGAAAAUAGAAAAUGUCAUCUGUUAAAAAUCCCGUGUGAUUUGAGCAUGUUAGGUAGGAGCAUAUCUUUCAGUUAUACAACUGCUGUGCUGUGUUAGGGUAGCAAGACUGAUCUUGUUUCCUCCCUGAAUGUUCGCAGGUUAUUUGGCAUUCCCUUGAGCUAUAAAUUAUGGCCAUAUGCUUACGCCAGGGGAGUUUAUUUAAAAGGGGGCUGGGUGAGAAAACCACAUAUAACCCAACUUGCAAAAGUGAGGAGAGAGACUUCUUUGUACACCAACAACCUUUUAAAGGAGCCCAGUUCUGCAUCCUCUCACUUGCGUCAAACUGAGUGGUUCUAAGAGAUCCAACUCUCUGCUCCACUAUGAAGGUGGCCACAAUCUUUUUCAUCCUUUUUAUCAGUUUCAUGGGAGGGUUAGCACAAAAUCCAAAGCCAAAGAAAAGGAGCCACAGCGAAGAGAUACAUUUUCUGACUAAAGUUAAAGAUGCCUGCACAAUGAAUAUGAGUGGAAAUGGUGAAGUGAGGCUAAGAAUUGAAUGCAGCAAUCAAGGCAAGAUGUACUGGUGUGAAUAUACUGGAAAGCCAUCCAUUUGCCGCCCUUUUAAAAACAACCCAAGGACUUACUGGAAUCAGAUUGCUCUGGAACUAAGGAAACGGAUCAACGCCUGCCAUUCAAAUCUAGUUCUGAAGCCCACAAUGUGUCAGAAAGCUCCUUCUGAAGCUCAUAUGAAGCAAGUGGCUUCCAACAUCAAGCCAAACCCAAAUCCUAUCCAACAGGCAGAUGUCAACCACGCAAAGACAGUCUUAAAGCCGCUAGCUGCUGCAAAGCAGAUUAAAGAGAGCCAAGCAGGGAAAAGCUAUCUAAAAAAAUCAGGAAAAACCAAGCCAUCUCCUCUACCUCCUAUAAAACCAACCCAACAAGGUCAAGGGUCUGAAAGGUAUUCUGAAGCAAUGAAAUUGGCACGGGAGCAUUGCUGGGAGUCGCUGCAUAACAUCUGUUCCUAUAUCAUCAGCAUCUUUAGAGGCUGAGGAGGAAAAGGGCAAAAUUCUUACAGUUGAGAAGAUCCCAGAAGUGUGGCCUUCCCAGCUGAGUUUCUAUACAAUUUUCAUUUUUUGUGUGCACCUGAAUUUUUUUGUAACAGUAGAUCAAUUUUUAUAUGUUUGUAAUAGAGAGAUGGCAUACAGCACGUGCCAGUUUGAUCACAUUGUGUAUUAAAUUAUACUGUGUGGGCAUAUUAAGUGCUCAUUGAAAACUGAAGAUGGGCACUAUAACUAUUCCAGUUUCUACAGCU